UUAAAGGCCGCCGUGUUCUCUGCAGCAUCAGUCCAGUGUGGCUCGGUGUGUCUGUCGUGCUCCCAACAGCAUCAACGCCAUGACCCGUCUACUGCUCGGAGCCGUGCUGCUGGGGAACCUGGGAGUCUGUGUCACAGCUCAAGGUCCAGUGAUGCUCGCUCCACCCUCCCAGGUGAGGUUUGACUCUGUGGACUACAGAAACAUCCUGCAAUGGACUCCACCCGCCAACGGCAGCAGCUCACUGCAGUACUACGUCCAGUGGAAAAUUUAUGGCGAGCCUCAGUGGUUGGAUGUCGACGGCUGUCAGGGGAUCCAGAAGCACCAGUGUGACCUCAGUGACUUGACCUCUGACCUCAGAGAGUGGUACUACGCCAGAGUGCACGCCUCCUCCCUGCCCUCCAGCAAAUCAGCCUGGGCCCUGUCUCCGAGGUUCAGCCCGCGCUGGGACACCAAAAUCAGCUCUCCCGUACUGAAGCUGAACCUCACGGAGCAAGGGAUUGUGGUCCGUGUGAGGCCGCCCAGGCUGCUCGUCCGGAAGCUGCACAGCAGUCUGCACUACAAGAUCUACCUUAAACACACCAGCGGAGAGGAGAAGGUGUUUGAGAUGGGCUGCUGCUCCAACAAGCUGACUCUGAGAGAGCUGAAGCACAAGGCCAAAUACUGCCUGCAAGCCCAGACCAUGAUCCCCCUCCAGACCAAGCGCAGCGUGCGCAGCCCUGAGAAAUGUGUCACUACACUCUGAUCACACAGAUAAACUCUGCCAACAUGACACUCUGAAUGACUGGACUUUUCACUCAUCAGUUCAGCUUUGAUUAUCCAUCGCUACCUCGACGGCUGCUGCCAGAAAUAUUAGUGCCAGUAAAAGUGAUGCACUUUAUUCUUUAAAGCAUUAAGGAUCUGACGUGUGGUGUGAACUGUGGAGGUAAACUGGGCGUACAGUACUUGAAACAUUUCAGCCUCCAGGACACUUUGUUUCACUCAAGAGCUUUUAUGUAAUGUAAAAUUUUGUUUGUGAAUGUUCUAAAAUAAUCUUAACUCAAGGUCCAUUUACCAGCUUUUAAAUGUGGGAUUUAUUUUGUGUGUCAGCUCUAUACAGAGCCUGCGCUGUAGCCUACGCACAUGGCCGAGCAUUUAUACCUGAGCAGCGGUGUGUCUGUGUCACUCUGCAGUUACACCUCCAAACCACUAGUCGGCGGCAGAGGUUUGUGUGAAGAGCUGUAAAGUUUCGUUAAUUCAAAACACACUUAAAACACACAUUAAACAUGGCUUAUAGAGACAGUUUCAAACACAAGUACACAACUCAGCUUCACAGUAACUCGCAGAAUUCACAGACAAAGCACUUGUCUUUAUCUGGACACAUUUCCCCACAAAUUGUUUCCCCACAAGUGCUAACAUUUUUAGCACAAGCCUAUAGCAUUUUACAUUGUGUAAAUUAGCCUAGUGACGAGCGGAGAUUUCCUCUGCUCAUAUGAAGCCAGGAUAAAUCACACACAAGAUUUAAAAUGCUAUUUUAGUGGAGGCUUUAUUGUCUUCACAAUUUAUUGUUGAUGAUGAUGAUGUGGUUCAAAGCUCCGGUAAAAUCUAGUGAGUGGACCUUGAGUUAAGAUAAUUUCAUCUCUUCAGCUUGUUUUGUCCUUUACAUGAAGCACAGCUCAUUUUUCACUUUCGACACACUACAAGUGAAUCACACAGACUUAAGACACUAAUAUCUACUUCAGCUUUCUCUACAGGUAUUUCAGAUUUUUUUAUUUAAUGAUUUCCUUCGUCUUAACGUUUCUGUUUGUUUGCUUAAACUGUUCCUCCAGCAUCAGUUUCAUUUGUGCAGGGGCAGGAAGGAUGUAGUUUGCAUAAGUUAACACUGUGACCACUGUCUGUACUUUAAUUCACCUGUGAAGAUCAAUAAAUGUUACCAAAACUUUUAGCCAAAAAAAAAUCUUAAAGUCAAACACUGCCAAAAUAUCUCAGGAGCUUUACUGUGACGCAACGAGUUUACACUUCAGCACUGUUCAGACGCAAAACUCUAAGAAUGUAUCAUGUAUUUGUUGUAUGUGCCAUGUUACAAAUUAAAGCCACUCACACUGUUUACACUGGUUCAAUCUGUCUCACAGGAUUAGGUAGCCUAUAUUUUUCUUGCUGUCAUUCAACCCUAUGAGAGUGAGGAAUAAAAUCAACAAAGUGUUUA